GCCACGGAAACAAAUGUUGUAUUCUCUCAUUUGGCGUCUGCAUCCAGUGAAACGUCUCUGACGCACAGCUGCUUCCAGCUCCAGGUGAAGGUGAUGACCUGAAGAAGCAGCGCGAGGAACAAGCCGCUGGAUGGAAACAAAGGGAACCCGAGUGUUUAUUAAAGAAUGCUGAGACCUGCAGAGACAUGAGGGAACUGUUGACACAUGAGAUCGACGUUUCACUUUUCUGUGGAAGAGGAAAAGAUGGAGGACAAUAAAACGCGACGUGCGCAUCGCGACAGGAGGCGAUUUAUUGAAGCCUGAGAGUGAAGAAUGCCUUCAGCUCGUGGGGAUGGAAGUGGAAUGAGAUUGCUUUUGCGUGUCGUGCGUUGAACAGGCUCCAUUAUGCACCAGCUGCACUGACUGCACGCGUGUUAUUUCACCUGCUCGACGCAGAUUUCCUGCUGAAACACGAUGCGCGCGUUGGUGAUGUGCAGCUAGAAGCGCAGCUGCUUGUUUGUCUGCAGCACCACGGACAGCGACGAUGACUCGGCUGCGCAGGAAAGCGCUCGUGGCACUUUUCCUCUUCACGCUCUUCAUUUUCGGGGCCAUGAUGGGGCUCCGGACGCUGAAGCCCAGCGACGGCUUCUCGGACCUGGCCCCCGGCAUCGACAUCAUCGGGGAGAGGUCGGACCGGCGGCGGCUGGAUGUGAAAGACGUGGUGGUGUCGCCUGGCCAGUUCCACAUGGGGAGCAGCGACACUAAGGUGGUGUUCACCAAAUCAGACCGAGAUUACAGCAUCUUCUAUGAUGUGCACAUCUUCUACUACCUGUGGUACGGCUCCCCCAGCAUGGACAACAAGUACAUUCACUGGGAUCACGUGCUGGUGCCACACUGGGACCCCAAGAUCGCAGCCAGUCAUGCCCAAGGAAGGCACACUCCUCCGGAAGAUAUCGCCUCAAGUUUCUACCCCGAGCUGGGACCCUACAGCUCCAGGGACCCGAAGGUGCUGGACUCACACAUGGCGCAGAUAGAGGAGGCUGCAGCAGGGGUGCUGGUGUUGUCCUGGUAUCCUCCCGGGGUGGCAGACGACCACGGCGAGCCCACCGAGGACCUGGUUCCUGCUGUCAUGGACGCCGCCCACAGGCACAGCAUCAAGGUGGCCUUUCACAUGCAGCCGUACAAAGGACGGACGGACCAGAGCGUGCAUGACAACAUCAAAUACAUUAUUGACACGUAUGGAAAGCACGAUGCCUUCUACAGAUUCCAGUCCAGCACAGGGCGAGUCCUGCCUCUGUUUUAUGUGUAUGACUCCUACCUGCUGCCUCCCGAGUCCUGGGCAGAGCUGCUGUCGACUAAAGGUUCCCACAGCAUCAGAGGCACGCCUUACGACGGCGUUUUCGUCGCCCUCAUUGUGGAAGAGCGCCACAAACAUGACAUCCUAGCUAGCGGCUUUGAUGGCAUAUACACCUACUUUGCCUCCAACGGCUUCUCCUUUGGCUCGUCCCACCAGAACUGGAAAGCCAUCAAGGCCUUCUGCGAUGCAAACAAUCUGCUGUUCAUUCCCAGUGUCGGUCCGGGGUACGUGGACACGGCUGUUCGUCCGUGGAACAACCACAACACCAGGAACCGGGUCAACGGGCGGUACUACGACACGUCCCUGCAGGCGGCUCUGUCCGUCAGACCAGAGGUCGUCACCAUUACUUCCUUUAACCAAUGGCACGAAGGCACGCAGAUAGAGAAGGCUGUACCCAAGAAAACAGUGACGCGUUUGUACCUCGACUACAAACCCAACCAGCCGGACCACUUCUUAGUGCUCACACGGCAGUGGGCCGAGAACUUCAACAAGGAGAAGGACACGUGGCUGAUGUGAACGUGUUCUGUCCCUGUAAGACUUCCCCUUUGUACCCCCCCCCCCCAACUCUGAGCACUUCUGAUCUAAAUGUUCACUCUUCCCUUAAUGUUUGUACUCACUAACGUCCUUUUGUACAGGUUAAUAUGUCACCGAUGUGUUGAAGGGCAGAGAAUCGUUUCCUGAUGACUGUUCAGUGUCUGUUUUUGCGACUUUAAGAAAGUGCGUCUCUGUACAGUGACUCUGCCCUGCGGGGGCUUUUUCUUAUUUUCUUAUGAUGAAAUACUUUCUUUCCUGUAUUUCUUUGAAGACAAAUUAAAAUGUGUGUCUGUUGA